AUGGAUGAGAAACAACGCAAUGGUCAAAGCAUUAAGGUACAGCGUCGGAAGGUUGUCUCCUCCUCCAACUCUUCAUCUUCCGCAUCCCAAAACCUAAUAAGCCAAGCAGCAAAGAUGAAAAACACGAGGAUAAAGGAAAUAAGGAAACGUAGGAGAGAUUUGUUUACGAGGAUAAACUAUACCCAUACAAUAACCACUGUGGUUUUACCACUAUUGAUGCUAUGUUACAUGUUAUAUUUUAAGGAAAGUAUACUACCUGAGAACCAAGCUACUUUGAAAUUCACCAGUAUCUAUUAUAAUGUCACCAUGUUGGCAUUCACAGCUGGUUAUCAUAAAUACUUUGCUCAUAACUCGUACAAGAUCAAAUACUCCUUUUUAAAGUAUUACUUUGCCAUUUUUGGUACUAGUUGUGGUUUAGGUUCAAUUAGAUGGUGGUCUUCACUACAUCGAGCUCAUCAUCACUUUACAAAUGAUACCGAACGAGAUCCAUAUCUGAUUAAACGUGGGUUAUUAUUUAGUCAUUAUGGAUGGUUAUUGAAAAAGCCAAGAGCAGUCAAGUUUUUCAACGAUUUUAUUGAACAAGAGUUUCCACAAAACAUUGAUGAAGCCAGACUUUCACAGGAUAUAAAACUUGAUAAAGAACAAAGAGAAGCAUUUGGUCUUCGAGAUGAAUUUGAUAAUGAUAGUGGGAAAGAAGAUGAGGAGGAUGAUGAAGUUGAGUUUAAAGAUACCUAUGAUGAAUAUAUGAGAGACUUGUUAAAUUGGCAAGAAAAAACAUACUUGUUGUGGUUUACAGUGACGACAAUCAUCAUUCCAAUAGUGCUAACCAAGUUGUUUUGUAACGACACGCUAAUACAUGGAUUGAUAUACCCCGGUAUAUUUCGGAUGUUUUUAUGUCAACAAUCACUUCUCACUACUGAAUCUUUAUGCCAUUUGAAACAGAUACAAGUAACCAUCCCUACACAACCAUUUAGUGACAAGAAUUCAUCCCAAGAUUGCCUGAACCCACUAAUGGCAUUACUCACCUAUGGCCAGUCGCAUCAAAAUUAUCAUCACGAAUUUCCUCAUGAUUAUAGAAGCAGUAACUCCAAUUUCACUUAUGACCCAACAAAAUGGUUUAUAUGGACAUUGGAUAAAUUGGGAAUUGUUUGCGAAUUGUGUCGAACACCCGAUAAUUUGGUUGAACACUUGCGUCUUCAGCAACAACAAGAGAUUCUCAAUCGCAUGAGAAGUCAGUUGAAUUGGGGCACACCAAUAUCUAAACUACCAUUGAUAACCCCUCAAGAUUUCAAACGAACGAUUGAGUCAUCUUCAAACAAAGAUCGAAUUUACAUUGUUAUUCAAAAUAUCAUUCACGAUAUUACUCCCUUUAUGGAUCAACAUCCUGGAGGAGUACAGUUGUUGAAAGCAUCACAUGGAAAAGAUGCAACUAGAGCUUUUUAUGGUGGUGUGUACGGGCAUCUGACAGCGGCAAUCAAUUUAUUAGCCACCAUGAGGAUUGGUAUAUUGGACAAUGGAAACGAUGAAGAAGUUUGGAAUAGAGUGGUGAAGGAAGAAGGUGAAGUGAGGGAGGUAUCUGAAUCGCGACGUGGUGGUGGUGGUAAUAGUAGUGGUAGUAGUUCAGGUGAGUACCGCACUGCCGAAGCUGCUUAG